UCAGUUUACUUUCGUUUUCGCCUCAAAGUGAAAGUAAACUUUGGUUCGUGUGUUUAAUCUUAACUGCGUGUUCGUCGAUGAAAGCUGUAGUUUAAACUAAGUACGUGAAAUCUGAACACAUUUGGCGGAAGGUGAGUAUUUCGUACAGCUGUGUUUUUAUUCAUGUCAUGUUUCUCAUGAGUCACGCGGAGGAUUUCAGGGCGAAGCUAUAAGGUCACAAUCGCGUGCGCACUAGAUUUGAGGUGGUUCAUUAUUUGUCUUUCUGCUUUUAAAUAGUACAAAUUGACAGACAAACAACCAGUGGAGGAGAAAGUAUUUAUUUAUUUAAGUGAAAGUAGUAAUGCUACAUUGUGAACAUCGUAAAAGUACAAACGGACUAUCAGAGAUGGCCAAGGGCACGAGCAGAAACGAGUCCCAUGAUAUGAAAGAAUUGCUUCAGCCUGAAAUAUUGCACACGGGCAAAGAAAGCUCAGGUGAGGCCAGCUGCCACUCCGCCUCCGCCUCCUCCUCCUCCGCCUCUGCCUCCGCCUCCUCUUCCUCUCCCCCCUCCAGCCCCUGGGAUGCAUGUAGUAGGCAGGUGGAGAGGGGUGAAGCAGUGAAGACGCAGAGGGAGGAAGCAGUGAAGACGCAGAGGGAGGAAGCAGUGAAGACGCAGAGGGAUGAAGCAGUGAAGACGCAGAGGGAGGAAGCAGUGAAGAUGCAGAGGGAGGAAGCAGUGAAGACGCAGAGGGAGGAAGCAGUGAAGACGCAGAGGGAGGAAGCAGUGAAGAUGCAGAGGGAGGAAGCAGUGAAGACGCAGAGGGAGGACGGCGCUUCAUCAUGUUCUCAGCUGGACGAUCUGAAGCGACUUUCACAGUGUGACAACAAGCUGGGACGUCUAGACUUCAGCAAAACGCACAAUGUCCUCGUAGAUGUGGAUGUUUUCAACCGUGGAGUAGGGCUUAUUCCUCAGGAGGGGAGAGAUGUGUGGCACAGCAACUUUGUGAAAAUGCCGUGUUCACAAUCGAGUUACAUGAACAAGACUGGAUAUGUAAAGCACUCCUCACCGAAGAAGAGGUGGGACGUGAUCUCCAAGCGGCUGAGCUCUCUGGCCAAGAAAUCGACAUUGAGCGUCAAUGAUUUGGAGGAGGCUAUCAUCAAAUACAACCCGAAGUACAAAGAUCAGUGGUCCUUUGAUGCCCUCUUCACCUUGGUUAAGGUUGUCCCGAAAGCAGACAAUUACUUCCCCGAGCUGUUUCCAAAGAUUGCUACGUUGGCCUUGAGGCUGCCUGAUCUUGUGAAGAAGGCCAUCCCGCUGCUUCAGAGGGGACACGCUGCAACCAUCACUCUGUCACAAGCUCAGAUAGCCUGCCUGCUCGCGAACGCAUUUUUCUGCACUUUCCCUCACCGCAACGCCUCCAGUCCCAAGGCAGAGUACCACAGCUACCCCUCCAUUAACUUCACCAGUCUGUUUAGAGGCUGGUCAGACCGCAAGAGAGAGAAGCUGAGGGCCAUCAUGAAUUACUUUCGUGUGGUUACAGACUCUGAACCACAAGGACUGGUGACGUUUGAGAGGCGCUGCCUCAAAGACACUCCCAAGUGGAGAAGCUGUACCAAGAAGAUGCCUAAACUGCACGUCACAUCACAAGGCACCAUUGAGGAUGAAGGUACAGGCAUGCUACAGGUGGAUUUUGCCUGCAGCUCGAUAGGUGGAGGUGUUCUGGACUCUGGUCUGGUGCAGGAGGAGAUCCUGUUCCUCAUACAUCCAGAGCUGAUCGUGUCCCGCCUCUUCACUGAGAAACUUGACGACAACGAGUGUCUGAUCAUUACAGGUAUUCAGAAGUUCAGCUGUUACUCUGGUUUCAGUGACAGUUUUGAGUGGACAGGCCAUCAUGACGACAAGCUCGACAGAGACAAGUGGCAUCGGCUGAAGAGGCAGAUCGUAGCCAUCGAUGCUCUGAACUUCAAACACAGAAGUGAGCAGUACAAUAUGACGAAAGUUACACGUGAACUCAACAAGGCAUACUGUGGAUUUAAGGAUAAUGGGCACAAUGGGCCCGACAUCGCUACGGGCAAGUGGGGCUGUGGAGCUUUCCAUGGAGACCCAGAACUCAAAGCUGUGAUCCAGCUGAUGGCAGCAGCGAAUGCAAAGAGAGGAUUGGUCUUCUUCACCUUUCAGGAUGAAAAGCUGAAGCAAGACCUGGAGCAGAUGUACCACCUGCUGGUCACAGAAGGAACUACCGUUGAGAAACUGUACAGACAUCUGGAAGACUACUGUGCCAGCCGUUCUUAUGGGGAUCUGUUUGAGUUCCUCAGGAACGCCAUCAGACCCUCCAGGAGUCAGCUGUGAGGACCGAUUCAUGUCCACGCCUGCUUUUGCACUCACAUCUAAUGGGAAGGUUUUGAUAACAGAAAUUAAGUAGCUGUUUAAUUCUUGUUCUCUUGUAACGAUUGCUGCUAUUCUUUGCACAUUUACCUUAAUUUGAUAGUUGACAGCGUAGCCAUAGUCAGGAGAUGUUGGGCCAAGAGAGAUAUGAAGAAGAAGAAAUUAAUAUGUUUUAGUUAAAGGUUGUAGAUCUGGUUUAGCACUGCUAGUUGCUCCUAAUUCUGAGAGAAGUUAGCGUUAGACCUGCUGCUGCAGGUAAUUCACCUUUUUCUUGCUAAAGUGUUUGGAAAACACAAUGAAUAACAUUUAUAAUCAGAUUUAGAUGGUGAGUUAAUGAAGAUCCAAUCAGCUCACCAACGAGUCAAUCCAAUAACAUUAUUCUUUACAAAACACUGGAGGGGCAUCAAUUAAAAUGAUGCCCAAAUUAAAAUGAUAAACAGGUUGAUUUAUGAGAAAAUAAAGAUGUCCUUAAGAAGAUUAUUCAAAUA